AUGGCUUCUGAGCAUUCCUGGAAGCCUCUGAGUCUUUUUCACGUAGAAUAUCCGGAAGCUGAUGCUUUUGGAAAGCUCCUGGCGUAUUCCAGUAUGGUACCAAUAUUCAUUAUCUUCAGCAACAUAACUCUUAUUAUGUCGAGAAGAGAUUUGCAUACAAUAUUUUAUUUUUGUGGUUGUUUGAUCAAUGAACUGAGUAACUAUCUUCUCAAAUAUAUCAUCAAGCAACCAAGGCCUUUCCCUACCAUUCACCCAGGUAUUAAGUCAUCAGGUAUGCCUUCAAACCAUGCACAAUUCAUGGGCUUUUUCUGUGCUUACAUUGGAUUUUUCCUCUUCAUAAGGCUCAAUCAGCAAUCCUUCAGUCGCCAGUUCACAACAUCUGUUUACUUAGUUUGUGCAUCAAUUACUGCAGUCGUUUGCUACAGCAGGGUUUAUUUAUUGUAUCAUACUUCUACUCAAGUUUUAGUUGGGAUCAUGAUAGGUGGAAUUUCCGGGAUACUGUGGUUCUUAAUUGUUCACUAUGCAAUAACACCAAUAUUUCCACGGUUCACGGAUAGUUGGAUUGGUCAAUUACUGAUGUUGCAAGACUUUACACAUAUCAACAAUUUUAUGCAUUUUGAAUAUACUAUUGUGCAGAAUUAUAUUCAUAGAACGAAAUCCGGAAGGCCCGCGUGA